UUAUUCAUUAAAUUAAACAACUUUCUUGCCACGCGCAGGCCACGUUACUUUCUGAUCUCACCCACUCCCAACGUGCCUCUUAAACAGUUCAUUUCUACUUUCAUAAUCUUUAUCUCACCCUCUUUAUUGUCGAUUCUCCAUUUUUAUCCUUCGCUUUAUUUUCUUCAUCAGAUCAUACCAAUUUUUUUACGGGGACGUAUCCCUUGAUCUGCUAAUCCUGUAUUUUAUACUAAAUAUUGGUAAACUGAAUAUUUUUUUGACAAAAUGUCUUCUCCUAGCAAGAGGCGAGAUAUGGAUGUUAUGAAGCUAAUGAUGAGUGACUACUCAGUGGAGACAAUAAAUGAUGGAAUCAGCGAGUUCAAUGUGGAAUUUCAUGGUCCAAAAGAAAGCCUUUAUGAAGGUGGAGUCUGGAAAGUCCGUGUCGAAUUGCCAGAUGCCUAUCCUUACAAAUCUCCUUCCAUUGGGUUUCUUAACAAAAUUUUCCACCCAAAUGUUGAUGAGCUGUCUGGUUCUGUAUGCUUGGAUGUCAUUAACCAGUCAUGGAGUCCAAUGUUUGGAAUCUGUCCAUUCACUGAGCUCAAGGGUCGUGAUGUUGAAUGUGUCAUAUUAUGUUUGUAUGCAGAUCUCUUAAAUGUGUUCGAGGUCUUCCUUCCUCAGCUUUUACUUUAUCCAAAUCCAUCAGACCCACUGAAUGGUGAUGCAGCAUCCCUGAUGAUGAAGGAUAAGGAGCAGUAUGAACAAAAAGUUAAAGAGUACUGUGAACGCUAUGCAAAGAAGGAGCACAUUGUCAAUGCCCCAACAGAUGAAAGUGACGAGGAACUAAGCGAUGAGGAUUUUAGCGAUGGACGCAGUGAUAGUGAUGAUGAUGUUGCAGGACAUGCAGAUCCGUAGGCAAAUAGCUGAUCCUUAAUCUUCACAUCAGCUGGCUUCAUUCUUUGAUGUUAUCUGUAUUAUUAAGAUUUACUUGCAUGUACUUUAGGAGCAGAAAGGAAAAAAAAUAGGGCCAGGAUAAGUAAUAAAAUCCCUGCAGACUAAAUUUGUAGUUAAUAUAUUAUUCAUUUAGUCGUAAAACGGUCGAUAAAAUUAAAUGUUUGUUUGCUUGCUUGUAUUUGGAUUUAGGAAUGGCAAAAUGUCGUGUCCUGCUUUCCCUA